CUGCCGCCGGUGCGGGGCCAUGGCGGGCGUCCUGCCGCGCUGGGCCGCCGCCUCCUCCUGCUGGGGCCGCCGCCUCCUGCUGGGGCCGCCGCCGCCCCGGGGCCCGGCGGCAGCGCGGCGCCGCAGCGGGGCCCUGCCCGCCGGCCUGCUGCUGCUGCGGCGGGGCGGCCUGGUGGGCGGCCGCUGGCUGGAGACGCCCGCCGCUUUCCCCGUGCGGGACCCGGCCAGCGGCGACGAGGUGGGCCGGGUGUCGGACUGCGGGGCGGCCGAGGCGCGGGCGGCCGUGCGGGCCGCGCACCAAGCCGGCGCCGGCUGGGGCCGCCUCCCCGCCAAGGAGAGGAGCGUGCGGCUCCGGCGAUGGUACGAGCUGAUGGUGGAGAACAAGGAGGAGCUGGCGAGGAUCAUCACGGCGGAGAACGGAAAACCUCUGAAAGAAGCACAGGGUGAAAUCCUGUAUUCUGCCUCGUUUUUGGAGUGGUUUGCAGAGGAAGCUCGCCGGGUUUAUGGUGAUGUCAUUCCAGCAGCCGCCAAAGACAGAAGGAUCCUGGUGCUGAAGCAGCCAGUAGGAGUGGCAGCCAUUAUCACCCCAUGGAAUUUCCCCAGCGCUAUGAUUACCCGGAAGGUUGGUGCAGCUCUGGCAGCUGGCUGUACAGUGGUAGUGAAGCCUGCAGAGGACACACCUCUAUCAGCAUUAGCUCUCGGGGAGCUUGCAAACCAGGCUGGAAUUCCAGCAGGAGUGUAUAAUGUUGUUCCUUGUUCCAGAGAACAGGCGCCAGCUGUAGGGGAAGUUCUGUGCACUGAUCCACUGGUAGCCAAAAUAUCUUUUACUGGCUCCACAGCGACAGGAAAGAUCCUGCUGAAACAUGCAGCUGGGACUGUGAAGCGAGUUUCCAUGGAGCUUGGAGGACAUGCUCCUUUUAUUGUGUUUGACAGCGCCGAUGUGGACCGUGCUGUUGCAGGAGCCCUUGCUUCUAAGUAUAGAAACUCAGGGCAGACCUGUGUUUGCACAAACCGUUUCCUGGUGCAAAAGGGAAUCCAUGACAAAUUUGUGGAAAAGUUUGCUAAAGCUAUAGAGAGAGAACUGCAUGUUGGAUGUGGAUUUGAUGAAAAAACUACCCAAGGGCCACUAAUUAAUGAAAAAGCAGUGGAGAAGGUAGAGAGACACAUUAAUGAUGCAGUUUCUCAAGGAGCAUCUAUUGUGACUGGUGGGAAACGACACAGCUUGGGGAAGAAUUUCUUCGAGCCAACCCUACUUAGUAAUGUUACAACGAAAAUGCUUUGCACCCAAGAGGAGACGUUUGGCCCUUUAGCACCAGUUAUCAAAUUUGAGACGGAAGCAGAAGCUAUUGCCAUAGCAAAUGCAGCUAAUGUGGGUUUAGCAGGAUAUUUCUACUCCCAAGAUCCAGCUCAAAUCUGGAGAGUUGCAGAACAGCUGGAAGUUGGAAUGGUUGGUGUUAACGAAGGCAUAAUAUCCUCAGUGGAGUGUCCUUUUGGUGGGGUAAAGGAGUCUGGCUUAGGGCGAGAAGGCUCAAAAUAUGGCAUAGAUGAAUACUUAGAAAUAAAAUACGUCUGCUUAGGAGGCUUAUAAAAAUCUUCAAAAAGCACAAUCCCACCAGCUUGGAAAAAAAGUGCUGUAGUUUUAAUAAGCUUCUUGAACCAGAAAUAUGUAAGAAUGCAACUUCUACCUUCUUUAAAACUAAGCAACCCUGCUCUUUAUGUGUAGAGAGAUAUUUACAAUAUUCUGUGCUGCCAUGUUUUUACACAUUAUUUAUACACUGAGUUGUUUUUCAGCAAUGUGAUCACAGUGUUAAUAACUUUUAGUAACGAGUAGGAAAGAAUGCACAUACAUUGUAGACUACCCCUGUGUAAGUGGGAGGAUCUGGAAACUUAGGAAUAAUGAAAAUAGAUCAUAAUCUCUGGCAAGGGGAAACUAGACAACCAUUUUCUACUGCCUCUAAUGUUUCAGUGUGGAUGUGGGAGGCUUUGGGAUUUGCAGUCUCCCUGUAGAAUAUUGUGUAAAUACUCACAUUUUCUAAUGUGGUUAUAUGACCUUUUAAAAGUAUGUGUCUUUUUUUUUUUUUAAUUGUGAGAGAACACGAUGCUUAUGAAAGGUGAGGAAUUGCUUUUAGCUACAGUUAGGCAUCCCUGCAGGCAAGUGGACAGCUUCUUCAGUGCAUCUUGAUGCUGGUUGCAGAGCUGCCAGCAGUUUAGCUUUGGGCUUCUGAGCAAACAGCUGCAAUUUGUGCCUAACAGCUUGAACACAAGGGAUGUAAUACGGACCUUGUUUGAUGUUUGUGGGCCCCAGCAGUCCUGGGAACAGGACAGUGCAGGACAAGUUGCUGGCUUAGUGAGUAGCAGGAGAAAGAUGGGAGUAACUUGCAGAAUUUUAAGGGACACUAUAAGGGCUGUGUGAAGGAAGCACAAGUGGUGCCAUUAAUGAUAAACUCCCUUCCAUGGUAAGAACGUGACUCUCCUUGGGUAGGAGUACAGUCACUGCUGUAAAUGUUGCUCAGUGUUUAAAGGAACAUUAUUCACCACCUCCAAAGAACAUGUGCAGGUAGAUGGUUCUGUUCCUAUGGGCUUUGUGCCUUGAAUUGGGUUUGUGGUUACACAGGUUAAUGUCCACUAGGAAGGAAGGUUUAAAAAACCUUUGAACUUUGCUAACUUGUGACCUAAUAAAGAUUUAAAUAGAAGUGAUUAGAGGUGAGACUUCUACACACACUUCACUAUUAUAGUUGUCAUCUUUAAAAGAUGACUUAAAGCUUUCUUAAAUAAACAAUGCUGUUUAAACAGGAUUUUAAUGGCAGUCAAAAGAAACACUUUGAACAUGUGCAAUGUUAAUUUGGCAAAUUAAUCAGCACUGCAGAGACUAAGGGGAAUAAAUUUUGUCCAGUGUUGGAUAACUUUAUUUGGUGGGGCUUUACCAAUUAAUUCGUGAAAAUAAAUAAAGAAGGCAACAGAGCUUUUUUUUCUAUACACUAAUGAAUGUACCCUAUGAAAUGGGAUAUUUGAAUAUAUUUUAUCUAAGCAGGCAAAAGAGGUAACAGACACCACAAGACUUAGGAGGAGGGAAAGCAAGCUGGAACUGAGUUUCAUAGGGGUUUUUUAAAGCGCACAUAAGGUAGCAUUGACUGCUACUUAGUAUUUUUAAAUAUUUUUUAUGGUUAUAUUUGUGUAACACUUGAGACCAGGUGGGUCUGAAGCACAUUAUUUGUCAGUAUAGUGUGUGUGCAACGUGCCAACCACAGGACAGUUAAAGGACACUUGCUGCCCUUCCAGUCAUUUCCAGUGUACCAAAAAUGCACAUUUAAGACAGUGAGGACUUAAUGCUGUUGGCAGUUGCAGCCUAUGUGCUUGUUGUCAAGAUCAAAAAAAGGAUGGCCAAUUUCUAUGCUAGUUGCAAGAAACUUUCUCAUAGCCAACUUCUAAACUUAGGCUAUUGAACACACAGGCUGCCUGAACUUGGAGCAUAGAGUGGUGUGGAAGAGGAAGCUGUGGGCCAGCCUUGGCUGCCAAUACAUGUCUGUUUAUUAAUGGAAAGAGUGACUAGGUAGAAGAAGGUCGUAACUUGGUGCCUGGGUAACACAGAACAGUGAUGCAAGCACAUUUACAGGUAUUGUGCACAGGCAGAAUACCUGCCACUAAAACUGCACAGACUUAAAAUACAUCUGUCUGUGAACUGCAGUAGUAGGUCAAAAUUAGAGUUCUCUCAUUUACUGCUGGAUGGCAGUGCAGUCUUGAAUGUGGUUGUACUUCUUGGGACCGUGCAGCUGGAGGAUAAAUUCUUUAACCUGCUGCUCUAUUCAUUAUGAAGUAACUGAUGUUGAUGCAUUGGUGCAUUUAAAAUCUUGAUGUCUCUUCUGAAAAUAGCACUGUUAAAAUUAAUAUUUACUUUUUUUUUUUUGCAAAUACUACCUUUUACUAUGCCUGAUAACAAGCACAAUCCAUAAUUAAAGAUAAGGUAUGUCAUAAACUUUAAAACUACCUUCAUCUAGAUUGGAUUGCAGUUGGAUUCCAGCAUAGUAUCCUUGUGUCAGUAAGGUCUACAUCUGUUAAGCACAGAAUAAUCUAAAAGUUGUCUUCAUUGCAAAAGCUGUGAUUCUUCAACAAAAGAUAUACUUGAAUUCUCACACCUCAGUUACGUCGAUUAUGUUUGUGAUAGUUCAGCAAUUUCUGGAUAUUAAAACUGUGAUGGAAAAAUGUUUUCAGUUAAUAAAUAACUUCUGGGAAAGCAA